AUUUUCACUCGCAAGUCGCACCAGUCCAACCGAACACAACAACUCCAGCACAAAAUCCCAAUUCCCCACUACUUCUCCGAUUUCCUGUCCAUCUUCUUCACCCUCUUCCCUGUAAAUCCACCCCCAAUUUUCUAGGGUUCAUCAGAACACCAAAAAUGUCAACUUUUCUCUCCCCUCUUGGCCUUAAGCCUGUCCUCCACCCAUACCCAUCUCAAAUUCGGACUCUCCAAACCCCCUUCUUCCACCGAACCCAUUUCCGGCACCAAAAGGGCUCACUUUCCCGAACCCCACUUGUCGUGGUUGCCAAAUUCGGAUUCCUAAACUCGGGUCAACUACCGGACCCGGAAAUCUUUGAGGGUACUGUUAAGGAGCUGUUUGGCAGAGCUGAAGGACUUCUAUACACUAUUGCUGAUGCUGCUGUCGCUAAUUCUGAUGUUGUUGAUGCUUCCAACACUGCUACCAAACAGAACGGGGAUUGGCUUUCUGGGAUCAGUUCUACCAUGGAAACUGUUCUUAAAGUGUUGAAGGAUGGGUUGACGAAGUUACAUGUGCCAUAUUCUUAUGGGUUUGCUAUCAUAUUGCUAACUGUGCUGGUUAAGGCGGCCACAUUUCCUUUGUCCAAGAAACAGGUGGAAUCCUCUAUGGCUAUGAGAUCCUUGCAACCUCAAAUAAAGGCUAUCCAAAAGCAAUAUGCAGGAGAUCAGGAGAGAAUUCAACUUGAGACGGCUCGUUUGUAUAAGCUCGCUGGCAUUAAUCCACUGGCAGGAUGUCUGCCAACGUUGGCAACAAUACCAGUGUGGAUUGGUCUUUAUAGAGCCCUUUCAAAUGUUGCCAAUGAGGGACUUUUGACAGAGGGUUUUUUCUGGAUACCCUCCCUUGCUGGUCCUACUACUAUUGCUGAUCGGCAAAAUGGAACUGGCAUAUCUUGGCUUUUCCCUUUCAUUGAUGGUCAUCCACCACUUGGAUGGUCAGAUACAGCCGCAUAUCUUGUUCUGCCUGUGUUGUUGGUUGUUUCACAGUACAUAUCAGUCCAAAUUAUGCAGUCAUCUCAGCCAAAUGAUCCAAACAUGAAGAGUACACAAGCGCUGACGAAAGUUCUUCCUUUGAUGAUUGGUUAUUUUGCACUUUCAGUGCCUUCUGGCCUAAGCAUUUACUGGUUUACAAAUAAUAUCCUAAGCACACUUCAGCAAGUUUAUCUUCAGAAGAUGGGAGGUGCGAACAAUCCGUUAGGGCAACUUAGUGAUGCUCUUUUAAAAGAAGAGCAAUCACCAUCGCCUAUAACCAUUAGUGAUAGAGAAGAGCAAACACCACUUACAAAACCUGUCUUGGAAACAACAUUAACCCAAACAGAGGAAAAGUCACCUUCCACAGGGUUACGUCCCGGAGAAAGGUUUAAGCAAUUAAAAGAAGAAGAAGCUAGAAGAAAGCGUCAAAUGGAAGAGGAGAAAAUGAAAAAUGAAGUACCUGCUUUAAAUGCUGCAUCCAAGACAGAUGGCACUGACAUCCCAAACGGUAGUACUUCUUUAAACGGGAGUGUUCAUGAUUCUUCAAAGGAACAUCAAGAUGCACAUGAAGUAACAAGUGAAAAUGGUCGGACAAUUAAUGUUACUACUGGACAAGAUUUGGAAGAUGUAAGCCAGGAAGCUGUUGAAGUAAAAGUAGAUUAGUAGACGAGACAUCUUAAUUAUUAAUCAGACAACAAUAGAAGAAGUCGGAGCUUUAGUCGAGGAGAAUUUUUAUACCAAGUGAAUCAUAUUAGCGCCAAAGACCUGAUGAUUUUGGGGUGCAUCUAAAAGGUAUGUACGUGUUUGUCAAAUUCUCCGGAGAAAAUAUAGGGUACAAUUCAGCUGCCAAAUGAGACGUAUAUGUCCGAGCAAGAAGAGAAUACUCUUGAAUGAGAUAAAGGGGUAAGACUUUAAUGUCUUCAUUUCAUUUCAGUAAUGUAGAGUUUCAGAUUGUUGUUAUGGGGGGAUUGUAUAUCAUGUUAUACGAAAAUUGUAAAUGAGUUGAGAAUUUUAUGUUUCAUAAACAAUGCAAGAAUUUGAAGCUGUCAUACGCUUGACGUGUACGUAUCAGUUGUACUUUGUUUCCAAUGAUUCUCUUUCCCCCCUUGGUUGUAUAUUUUUUGACCAUGUUGAUGAAUACAGAUUUCAGGUUUACAUGGACU